GAUGUGAGCGACUCGGUGAAGAUCAGAGGCCCGCGGUACAUCUGGACGGAUCUUCCACGGGAACUAGCAGAACUUGCUGGACUUGGCGAGCUUAUCGAAGAUCCCGACAAAGCAGCGGUGUCAGGCCUGGAGGAGGUGUCGUGCAGCCCGGAGCAUGGUCCCGAGUACAAAUUCGCUCUGCCAGAUGGAGUGCCCAGCCGUCUACGAUACAGCGUCGAGGACGGGAAGCCGUGGGCGCAGAUCCGAGUUCCGAACCGCGACGUUCAGGAUCAUCCGGGCCUGUCCGUUCGAGAGG